UUACUCUCAAACUGUGUGCUGUGCUCCGUCCUCAUACUUACUCUUUAUGUAAAGUCACAAGAGUCCGUCACUUAGCAACCAGGCUUUAUUGGAUUGAACAACUUCUCUGAGGCCUGUUCCUUCAAGUACGAUAAAACAGUGUUGGAUGGAAGCACUUCUCUCUUGACCUCUCUUGGACAUAUGACGGUGGUCUCUGUGACAGGAGGGCCUUUGUGUCCAUGAACGGAGAAUGUGGAAAAGCCUAAAUGAUGAAUUCAGACCAGAACUUGUACUCCCCAGCAUCUGUGUGCUUUGAGAAAAAGACAAUAUUCUCAGCAAGUCGAGACUUGGCUUCUGUACGGAGCAGAGGGUUUGUUCAUCUUGAAAAGGCAAAGGACAUCGAUGUGUGGGCGGUUAAAGCACCCGAUUUCUCCCCAAAGCUUUACAGCCAUCUGCAUCUGCCUCGGAAAAAGAAAGAAAACAGGAGCCCGCCCUUAUUCAUAUCUGACUCACAGGAGAUGCUUUUCAGGGUCAAGAGGCCGGCCCAGAUAGUUUUACCUGAAAUUAGUCAGAGCAGAGAACUGCCAGCAUUCACCCUGCGAUACCGACCACCCGGUGGGCUAGAAUCCAAGCUGGCUUUUGUAAAAAAAGGCAAAUAUCCUUCUACGGCCUACAGUGACCCCAAACCUUAUGAUUUCAGACAGUAUGCUGAUAACAUGCCAGAUAUGGUGACCACCCAGAAAAGGGAUCCUGGCAAUCUGAUCUUCAAAUCUCUGCACUUGAGUACAAGCAUGUAUUCAUUUAUCAUUAUAUCAUUAAUUUUGCUCUUUGGAGGGACCACACCCAGGGAGGAGAUUCAUCAGAGGGCAACAAUGAAGCAGUUUGACACCUUUAAACCAGAAGAGCCAAAAUGGGACUCCCAGCUGAUCUUACCCAGCAUACCUUGGCCCCCAAAGUCAGCCUCCUACUCAAGACACAGACGGAGGAGAGGGGUGCACAGUGCUUUCAUGGACAGAGUGGAGGAGAAACUCACCGACUCCUGGAAGAACAAAUGAGUCUCUAUGCACCUGCACAUUGGGUACAUUGAUUUUGGCUGCAAACGAAGGCUUACAGAAAUAACUGAAUGCUCAUUCAGGAAUAGUUUAUGUUGGGUAAGCGUGGCCAGCCAUGAAAAGCUUAUGUUAUCCUUCACAGUGGACUAUAUAUUCUUAAUUUCAAAGUGAAGUGAAUAUAACUUUUCUCAGAAACUGCAGCAAGGUAGUGCUUCUCCCUUUUUCUUGCUAACUAAAACUUUCUAACCAAGGGCUUUAUAGACUGGUUUAACCAGAUUGGGAGCUGUUCGUGCUGUGCAUUAUGCAUUAAGAAGUGCCUGCAGUAAGACUGCAAACAAGGUAAUGGAAGGGAAAGAAAAGGUGUGUUUUUUGCUCUGGAUUUUGAUGGUGUGAAUGAAUAUCUCCCCAAUCACAUAUUAUUUCAUGUGCACACAUUGGUCCAAUGCUCUUCCCUUGGUUGUUGGAGAACCUGGGGUUAAAUCAGAAGUGGUGGUUUCUAUCACCAUCCAUACGAAAGGCUGCUGUAAGUGUUUCUCUUUUGGUAUAAGGCAUGAUGCUUUCAGGCUGGCCAGUUCUCCCGCAAGGUAAAUUACAAACGAUGAUAGGAGAGCAAUGACUAUGACUUUGAGUUAAUGGUCGAACUGGAAGCCAGCAGGGGGCUGGACACUAUAUUAGCCUGUGUCAGCAGCAUCUGCCCAAAGACCCAGCCAUCUGCAUGGACAUUACCACAAGAUCCUUGCCGAACUAGUAUAUGCACCACUGAAGCAAUGUGUACAAUACACUUACAUAAAAUAACAUCUCCCUCCUCACUAAGUCAAUAUUUCUUCUUCCAGGUGUGGGUGGAGUCAUUCUUUUAACACCUUCUUAAUGAUAGCUAGGGCCUGGAAUGAGGACCUCUUUGGUUUGUAAGAGAGUUAACUGUUCAUAAUACUGUUUGGAAAAUGUGAAUAAAAAAACAUAUUGCUCAGAUGUUAAAGGAUACAGAGCAAAGGGUUAAAGAACAUUUUCACUAUCUGCAGUUUUUACUCUUUAUCAUGAAAUUCACCUUAUCAUUUCUUAUCAUCCUCUUAUUUGUCUAUCCAUUAGUUGUAACAGUGUUUAAAGUGCAGUUUACAUUUUCAGGCGGCGCACCUUCAUAUUCUUCUUCAGAAAUGUUUUUCUUUCACUUUACAACACAAAAGAAGAACCGGAAAAGGAUGCACCAACACAUUGUUUCAAUAGCAAUGUGAUGAAUAAUGAAA